GGCGGCUGAGCGCUUCCCCCGGGGCUGCCGGAGCUGCGGCCACGUCAGCCUUGCGCCCCGCCCGCCUUCCCGCCGCCUCCGGUUGCGAGCCGGAUCCUCGGCGCCUCUCUCGCUUCCCUCUUCCUCCGGCGCAGGCCUGCAUGCCUGCCUGCCUGCUCCACGGCUCCUGCUCCGCGCCGGCCAGCGGAGGGAAGGACACCCAGCUCCGCCACCCGGCGCUGUCCCUUUGAAGAUCCCAAGUGGGCUGUCUCCGGACCAUAACAGCAAAAAUCCUAUGAGAAGCUUUUUCAGAAAUAUAUUCAAUUAUUUGGCUACGGCACUAUGAAUUGUAUUGGUCUCUGAAGCUUGCCUCGCCCAAGUACUCAACAUGGAGCCAUUGUUACCCAGAGGAAAAUGCCUCACAAACCUGAAAAGACUCUUUUUGCUGUCACUAGUGUUAAUAUAUCUGAUAGCUUUGGUUUCUCCGGAUCAAGACUACUACGGUUUACUCGGAAUAUCCAAAGAAGCGACAAGUAGAGAAAUAAGGCAGGCUUUCAAAAAAUUAGCAUUGAAGUUGCAUCCUGAUAAGAAUCAGAACGAUCCGGAGGCCCACGAAAACUUCCUGAAAAUAAACAGAGCGUAUGAAGUGCUGAAAGACGAAGAUCUGCGAAAGAAGUAUGACAAAUACGGCGAGAAAGGACUGGACGACCAGCAGCAAGGAGGCAGAUAUGAGAGCUGGCACUACUACCGCUACGAUUUUGGUAUUUAUGAUGAUGAUCCUGAAAUUAUAACGCUGGACAGAGGAGAAUUUGAUGCUGCUGUUACUUCAGGAGAAUUGUGGUUUAUCAAUUUCUAUUCCCCUCGAUGCUCCCAUUGCCACGAUUUAGCACCAACGUGGAGAGAAUUUGCUAAAGAAAUGGAUGGAUUAAUACGUAUCGGAGCCGUCAACUGCGGCGAUAACAGAAUGCUUUGCCGGAAUAAAGGAAUCAAUAGCUACCCAAGCCUGUAUGUGUUUAAAACUGGAAUGAACCCAGUGAAAUAUUUUGGAGACAGGUCCAAGGAGAGCUUAAUGAGUUUUGCCAUGCAGUUUGUCACAAGCACAGUGACAGAAUUAUGGGCAGGAAAUUUUGUCAGUGCUGUUCAAACUGCAUUUGCUUCUGGCCUUGGCUGGUUAAUAACUUUUUGUGCUGAGCAAGGAGAUUGUCUGACUUCCCGAACACGCCUUAAACUGGCUGGCAUGUUGGAAGGCCUUGUUAAUGUAGGCUGGAUGGACUGUGCCACCCAGGGUGAGCUUUGUGAUAAUUUGGAUAUCUCAACUAGCACUACCGCAUUCUUUCCACCUGGAGCCACUUUAACUAAUAAAGAGAGAGGAGGUGUUUUGUUCCUGAACACUUUGGACGCAAGAGAGAUAUAUUUGGAAGUCAUGCAGCACCUUCCAGAUUUUCAAAUGAUCUCAGCAUCUUCAUUACAGGAUCACCUUGCUCAUCACCGGUGGCUGAUCUUCUUUCAGUUUGGUGAGACUGGCAAGUCAGAUGACCAUGACCUUAAAAAACUAGGUUACCUCCUUAAAGCAGAAAAUAUUCAGGUUGGCAAGUUUGACUGCCUUUCUGCCCCAAACGUUUGUAAUGAUUUGUACGUUUAUCAGCCGUGUGUCGUAGUCUUUAAAGGAAGGGGAAUAAACGACUAUGAAAUUCACCACGGAAAGAAGAUUCUGUACGACAUAGUGGCUUUUGCCAAGGAAAGCGUGAAUUCCCAUGUCGUCACUCUGGGGCCUCAGAAUUUUCCUGGCAAAGAGAAGGAACCAUGGCUUGUUGACUUCUUUGCACCUUGGUGCCCCCCUUGCCGAGCUUUGCUGCCGGAACUGAGGAAAGCAUCAAAGCAACUCUAUGGUCAACUGAAAUUUGGCACACUAGACUGUACAGUUCAUGAAGGGAUUUGCAACAUGCACAACAUUAGAGCUUACCCAACAACGGUGGUAUUCAACCAGUCUCACACUCACGAAUACGAGGGGCAUCACUCUUCUGAGCAGAUCCUGGAGUUUAUUGAGGAUCUCAUGAACCCGUCAGUAGUUUCUCUCACACCUGAGACCUUCAGUGAGUUGGUGAAGAGAAAGAAGGCUAACGAAAUCUGGAUGGUUGAUUUCUAUGCUCCAUGGUGUGGUCCUUGCCAAGCCUUAAUGCCUGAAUGGAAGAGGAUGGCCAGGUUGCUGAAUGGACUGGUUUCAGUUGGUAGCGUGGACUGCCAAAAAUACUUCUCCCUUUGUCAUCAAGAAAACAUUCAAGGUUAUCCUGAAAUAAGACUUUUCCCGCAAAAAUCAGCUUCAUCUUAUCAGUACUAUAGCUACAACGGCUGGAACAGAGAUGCACAUUCGCUGAGAAGAUGGGCACUGGGGUAUUUACCUCGGGUGUCUCUGGAUCUGACACCUCAGAGCUUCACCGACAAAGUUCUGAAUGGGAAAGAGCAUUGGGUCAUCGACUUUUAUGCUCCCUGGUGCGGCCCUUGCCAAAAUUUUGCUCCGGAAUUUGAGAUCCUAGCUAAGGCUGUUAAAGGGAAAGUGAAAGCUGGGAAAGUUGACUGCCAGGCUUACGCCCAGACGUGUCAAUCUGCUGGCAUCAGAGCCUAUCCAACAGUGAAGUUUUAUCCUUACCAAGGAGCAAAGAAAAAUGCAUUUGGGGAGCACAUAGACAGCCAUGAUGCAAAAGCCAUAGCCGAACUCCUGAUGGAGAAAGUAGAAGAUAUUAAGAAAAAGAGGAAAAAAUCUUCCAGAAACAAGGAUGAACUCUGAGCCGCAGAAUGAAUUCAAACUGAAGCAGCGGCAAUGGAAGUAUUAGAUCAUGCCUCCUCAAAGAGGAAAAAGGAGAACAUCAGGCUUCGUGGACACAGCUUUUAUCUCCUC